AACUGAAUUAUUUGAACAAGUUUUUCUUUGGGGUGAAUUAUUUAGGGCUGUGAGAAAUGAAGGAUACAACUUUUGAACAGCAGAGGGAGACAGAAUUCUGCAACGAAGUUCCAUUGUUCCUGAUUAGAAAUGUUGCUCUGUGCUGGUAGAGAAGCAGAAGAGGCAAACAGAGAGAGAGAUACAGCUGCAGAGACAAGGAGUUAAAGGCACACUUCAGGGGAGGAAACAUCCCAUUGAGCAGGGCAUUGUGUUCUCCUAAAUCUAAUGAUCCCCGUGGCUUUGCUGAAGGAAUAAGGAUGGUGCUUUUACAGAUAUGGAGCUUCAUUGCCUUCCUCCUCCUCUCUUGUACUGAGGCAACGUCCAUGUAUGGAGAAAUCCUGUCUCCAAAUUAUCCUCAAGCAUAUCCCAAUGAUGCUCUGGAAUCUUGGAAAGUAGAAGUUCCUCCUGGUUAUGGCAUUCAUCUCUAUUUCACCCACCUGGAUAUAGAGCCAUCUCAAAACUGCCAGUAUGACUUUGUGAAGGUCCUGUCUGGUGAGCAGGUGGAAGGCCAGUUCUGUGGGCAGAAAACGAGGCGUACGCCAGGCUCGCCCAUCCUGGACGAACUUCACGUGCCCUACAAUAGCUUGACUGUCCUCUUUCAGUCUGACUUUUCCAAUGAGGAGAGAUACACUGGAUUUGCUGCCUAUUACAUUGCAGUGGAUGUGAAUGAGUGCACAGACUUCGUGGAAGAGGCCUGUAGCCAUUACUGCAAUAACUAUAUUGGUGGUUACUUUUGCUCUUGUCCUCCUGAAUAUUUCUUGCAUGAGGAUAUGAAGACAUGUGGAGUCAACUGCAGUGGGAAUGUGUUUACUGAGCUGUCUGGGGAAAUCACCAGCCCCAACUAUCCCAGGCCGUAUCCUGAGAACUCGCGCUGUGAUUAUCGUGUCAUCCUGGAGCCAGGAUACCAGGUGGUCCUGAACAUUGGGCAGAAGGACUUCGAUGUCGAGCCAAGCGACUCAGAAGGAAAUUGCCCAGAUACCUUGAGAUUUUUGGCAGGUGGCCAGCAUUUUGGUCCUUACUGUGGCAAUACAUUUCCUGGGCCUUCUGAAAUCAAGACCAAAAGCAAUAUUGUGGACAUUUUCUUCCAAACGGACCACGCUGAACAAAUGAAAGGCUGGAAAAUCCGCUACUUUGGGGACCCAAUGCCCUGCCCACAGACUGUUAUUUCAAAAUCUGUUCAGCAUCCCCUAAGAGACCAUUAUGUCUUUAAGGAUUCUGUGAAGGUGACUUGCAUAGAAGGCUAUGAGAUUGUGAUGCCACGAGGCAGUACAACAUCCUUUUACUCUAUCUGUCAAAGCAACGGAAAGUGGAGCAACUCUGCAUACAGAUGUGUCCCUGUAGACUGUGGUGUGCCGGAUCCCAUUAAACAUGGAGAUGUCGUUUACCUAUCAGGAUUGGAGGAGACACAGUAUCAAACCACUAUCCGUUAUGCGUGCCACAAACCUUAUUAUACCCUGAAGGGCAAAGAAAUGUAUCAGUGUUCAGCCAGUGGAAAAUGGGUGGACGAAGAAGGGAAAACGGAGCUUCCAGUUUGUGUCCCAGUUUGUGGAAUUCCCAGUAGACGUAUGGAAGAAGUAGGGAGGAUUUUUGGAGGCACGUUUGCUAAUGAAGGAAAUUUCCCUUGGCAAAUCUACUUUGAUGACCCACGAGCUGGUGGAGCCCUCAUUUCCGACCAGUGGAUACUUACUGCUGCUCAUGUGCUGGACGGUGUUUCAAGCCCAAUUCUGUAUGCUGGGUUGCUCAAUAUUGGUCCAAAGGCCAAGAGUACUACUGAGCCAUUGGAGGUAGAGGCUUCAUUCAUUCAUCCUAAAUGGGCAAAAAGUGGAUCAGACUCCAGGACAAACUUUGAUCAUGACAUUGCUCUGUUAAGGUUAAAAGACCCUUUGACGAUGGGUCCCACUAUUUCACCAAUUUGCCUACCUGGUGCAUCUUCAGAAUACGAUCCACAGAUAGGGUCCUUGGGCUACAUAGCUGGCUGGGGCAGGACCAAUACUUCUCUACGUUCGGUGAGACUCAGAGCAGCUUGGAUCCCCGUGGUGAAUAUGGAUAUGUGCCGAAAAGUUAGGCCAGAUCCUCCUGCCAACACCUUAACUUACGUGUUCACAGACAAUAUGAUUUGUGCUGGGGAUGGCCGGCAGGACAGUUGUCAGGGAGACAGUGGUGGGGCAUAUGCUAUCAAAGAUCCCCAAAAUGAGGCACGCUACUAUGUUGCUGGACUGGUUUCAUGGGGGCCAAAAUGUGGCACUUAUGGUCUCUACACUAAAGUGGCAAAUUAUGUGGAUUGGAUUAGAAAAGUCAUGAAUCAGUAUGAAGAACCUGAAGAGUAGAUGUUUCCUCUCCUUGCGCACUGUCUGUUCCCCAGGCAUCUACUGACUCACAAUGUUUUGACCCGUCCAGAAGUCUAACAUACAAAAAAUGAAGUUUGCAGCUAAUAUUAUUGCAAGUUGCUUUAAAUUGCCUGACCUCCUCUGUUUUCAGAAGAAGUAAAGUAUUAGCAGCCA